UUUCCUUUCUUCUCUAUUAGCCGUCUGUUUGGUUAGCUGAAAAAUGGAGGAAAUUAUGCUUUUUUUCGGUUCAGACCAGCUUGUUGUUUCUCGAGUUUUCGAUAAUUUACAAAUUGAAUUUCAAAUUCUGGACUUCUUUUUUCAUUAAUUUCUCUGAUUAUCUACGUUUUUGCGGCUACCAUACAGAGCACAGAGUUCAGUUUGAUUGCCUCAGGUGCUUAAGGUGAUAUGUUUUGUAUAGAUAGCAUCAUGGGGUUGUGGAGUGGCACUCUGUAUAGUUGGCUAAUUUGUGGGGUGUUAGAUUAAUAAUAUGACUUCUCGGGAAUGUUUCUGUUACUUUCUUAAAGAAACCUUUUGUUGAUUUUGAGAAUCUCCUUUGAUUUUUGUAGCCGUUUUUGGUUGAUGGCAUAGAGAUGGCAAUAAAUAAUUACAAUUUUCUGGCCAUUUUUCUGGUCUAUUGUUCUGUUUCGUGAAAUUGAAAAUUUGGUAAUAAAAACCUUUUUCCAAUUUGUAGCACUGAAAGCUUGAAGUUGCAGAAAAGGGUUCAUGGAUGAUGAUUCUACUGACAUGUUGACGAGUCCAUAUUAAGAGGAAAAGAAAAAUAAAAUUCAAACAAGAAGUUUGUUGGUUCAAUGCAAAGGUGCAGGAUCAUAUCUCUGCAGUUGUGUUGCUGAAUUUGGUGUCAAAAAUUGGUUAAAAUGCUGAGAAUUCUUGCAAAGCUGCAAAUCUGCAAAUUGAUCAGAGAAUCUUGCAGGGUAUGGUGCUGGCUUGCUAUUUUUCAUCUCUCUUAACAUUGGACAUUGAUUCUACUGAUAUGUCAGAAAGCUUUCAUGAAGGCAAAAUGGAAGACCAAAUUCAAACAUCAAGUCUAUUGGAUAUUGAUGCAGAGCAACAGUGUCAUAGUUCUGAGAUUGAGUCACCAGAUGGGUUGCCAAAAAUAGGUAUGAAAUUUGAAUCAGAAGAUCAUGCAUACAGAUUCUAUAAUGCAUAUGCUGGCUUGGUAGGCUUUAGUGUUCGGAAAGAUUUUAAAAAUAGAAGCAAGAUAGAUGGCAGUGUGAUGUCACGAAGGUUUGUUUGUUUUAAACGGGGUUUUCGGCAUCCAGACAAACGGAAUCUGAAUGUGAAGAAACCCCACAAGGAGGUCAGAACAGGUUGCUUGGCACAAAUGACCAUAUCUCGUCAAUCUGAUGGGAGAUAUCGUGUAAUCCACUUUGAAGCAAAUCAUAAUCAUGAAGUUGUAGGCCCUGAAUAUGUUCAUGCAUUGCCAUCACAUAGAAAACUAACCGUUUCUCAAGCCAUCGAAGCUGACCUAGUGGACAGGUCUAGUAUUCAGAGGAAAUUAACCUUUAAGUUGAUGGGUAAAGAAGAUGGGAUUCGGGAAAAUGUUGCUCAUCUUCCAAUUGAUUUACAUGCUAGACGGACAAAAGAUAUGAAAAGGGGAGAGGCAGGAAGUUUGCUAUAUUAUUUUCAAAGUCAACAAACUGGAAACCCAAUGUUCUUCUAUGCUGUACAGCUUGAUAUGGAUGAGCAAAUAACAAACAUAUUUUGGGCGGACUCAAAGAUGAUGAUUGAUUAUAGUCAUUUUGGUGAUGUGGUUUAUUUUGACACAACCUACAGAACAAAUCAACUUUGUAGGCCAUUGGCAGCUUUUAUAGGAGUGAACCAUCACAAAGAAAUGCUAGUGUUCGGGGCUGCUCUUUUAUAUGAUGAGGCCCCUGAAUCUUUUCACUGGUUAUUCCAAACAUUCAUGCAGGCGAUGUCUGGAAGGAAACCAAAAACAAUUCUCACAGUUCAGGAUAUGGCAAUUGCAAAAGCAAUUGGGUUGGUAUUUCCUGUGACAUAUCAUCGUAUAUGCAUAUGGAAUAUGUGGCAAAAUGCAAUGCGACACCUAGGGCAUCUUGUAGGGGAUCAAGAUGAGUUUGGCAAAGAUUUCCAUAAUUGUAUAUAUGAACCUGUGAAGGAAGAAGAAUUUUUCCAGUCAUGGGAAGCUAUACUGGACAAAUAUGGUCUUCGGGGAAAUGCAUGGCUAGCAGACCUAUUCAAAGAAAAAGAGAAAUGGGCUAUGGUAUAUGGGAGACGAAUGUUUUGUGGCGACUUAAAGAGCACUUGGCUAAGUGAGGGUUUUAACAGUUGUUUGAGAAAAUAUUUGAAAUCUGACUUAGACAUACUGCAGUUUUUCAACCAUUUUGAGAGGAUGGUGGUUGACUUGCGUGACAAAGAAUUGCAAUCUAAUAUCGUGAGCCAACGUGCCCCAAUUCUGGAAACAAGUGCAGUUGUGUUGAAGCACGCUUGGGACAUCUACUCUCCCGAAGUUUUUGAAGUUUUUCAAAAGGAAUUUGAAGACUCUUGUGAUCUUGUUAUUGACCAAUGCAAUGAGAAUGGACCAUUGUCUGAGUACAAGCUUAGUAGUUUUGGGAAACUUUGUCAGCAUACUGUUGCAUUCAACUCAUCAGAUGAAACGGUUGAGUGCAGCUGUAUGAAGUUUGAGUAUGCCGGAAUUCUCUGUAGCCAUGCUUUGAAGGUGCUUGAUGUUAGGAGUAUAAAAGUUGUUCCAGAAAAAUACAUUUUGAAAAGGUGGACAAAGGAUGCAAGGGUUGAAAAUAUAGAAAAUUUUGAUGAAUGCAUUACCAAAGAGGACCCCAAGUUGUUAAUGUUGAGCCGCUACAAAGACUUGACCCAAAAGGCUAUUAGACUGUCAACAUGGGCAGCUGACUCUGAGGAAGGGUAUCUCUUUCUGAAUAGAAUAUUCAAAGACAGCAUGCUUGGGUUGGAAAAGAUAUAUUCGAAAAAAUAGCAUGAAAUCAAUAAAAUUUGUACAGAUGCUACCCAAAGUGAAGGUGAUGACAAUAUUGAAGAUGCAAACUAUGAUGGGAGAUUGGGACCAUAAUAAUUGAAUAAAAUUUGCAUAUUAGCCUUUGUCUUCUUCACUUUUGCUUAUGGUUCUCUCUCAUUCAAUGCCUGAUGACUGUCCAUUGUGAAUGAACAACAUCCCAAUAGUGCUCACUGCUCACAAUUCUAACAAAGUGAGAAAGACUUCAGGGAUUUGAUUAGGUGGAUCUCACUGGACGUUUUCAUAAGGUGGAUCACUCUGGAGGCCAGCAAUUGGUCCUGUAAGUCUGGGAUUUGAUUAGGUGGAUCUCACUGGACGUUUUCAUAAGGUGGAUGGAUCACUCUGGAGGCCAGCAAUUGGUCCUGUAAGUCUAGUCCCUUACACUGCAUCAUCGUAAUGCUGUUGCACUUAUCAUCAGGAUUGUACAGUUUUGCUUUCCUUCAUUACUGGAUAAAAACACUUGCUUUUAGGCUGACUUUUACUGUUGUAUUGCUGAUAAUAGACCAAUUCUAUGUUGGUCUUCAGAAUGGGAUGCACUGUACAUGGAUAUAAUCAACUGAUUUUAUUAGUGAUGGAAUGACUGCAGAAAUCAUUGGAAAAGAUUCAA